UCCUCCCUUAUUCUGAUAAAAUGCAAGCGAAAGCAAUCGCCUACAACGUUCUGAUUUUCGUACUGAUAUGCAGAUAUCUAUAAUAUGAUCGGUAGUUUGUCAUAAUAUGUUUGUAUCGUCUGCCUAAAUUUAAUCUGCUUAUGCAGGCUUAUUUUACAAAUCUAUUUAUAGACACUUUGCCCCCCUUAUAUUUAAGAAUUAUUACCAAUUUAUCUAUCAAACACACUUAGCCCCAUUUGAGCACCCGUUUGUUCUAUUUUAGCCUAUUAUUCAAUCAAGGAGGCCCAAAUCUUUCGGUCCCAAGCAGACUAAAAUACUAAAUAAUGUUUUUCCUGUACGUAAUGAGCGACAUCCUUGCGGCGGUCUUCAUAUUGAAUACAUAUCAUGGGUGUGCAAGCGGGACAUUGCUAUAUACAUGCAUAGCGCUGUUUUGGUCACACAAGAGAGCCGCACGGUGCAUCAGUGUGAGAACAGCGCAAUGCGCGCGCAUUGCCCCGUCGACUCUUGCGCAUCUGAGCCUUAGAUUUAGUAUAAUAAGUAGGUUAGUACUAGUCUGGUGUCUGACUUUUUUAAGUCCUAAUUUUUGGAUAAUUACCAAAAUGAGGUACUUCGCUUUUGGAUUACUGGUGUUUUGCGGAUUAUUUGAAUAUGGUUCCCCAAUAAUGUGUUACGAAUGCAACAGCGCCACCAACUCCCAAUGCCUCCAAAACGUCCUCCCAGAGAACCUCAAGCGCAACUGUUCGGAGCACGACCGCGGCGUGACGCAUACGCUGUGUCGUAAGAUUAUACAACAUGUGGAUGUGGCUGUUAAUGACCAGUUACCGGCUAGCAGGGUUAUUAGGAGCUGCGGAUGGGAUGAGACCAAAUAUAAGGGCGCCUGCUACCACCGCUCCGGCUACGGCGGAAGACAAGAGGUCUGCUCCUGCACCAAGGACCUCUGCAACGGGUCCAACGAUGUCACCUCUAUAACCGCCCUUGCUCUCGCUUCGUCUCUCAUGACGAUACUCAAGCUUGUCUGCCAAUGACUUUAACAAAACACUCAAAUCUCUGCUCCAGGGUUACCUAUCUCAUCUCCGAAAACUUAAAAGCCAAUUAUUAAAAUUUUAAGAGAGGUAUAGGCAAUGUGAAUGUCAUCUCGCCUUGUGUGGUAGGGCACAGCACAGCAGAUGUCAUUCCAGAUCUAGAGCAGAGCCCAACUGGGGAAGUACCUCCACCUUACAGAAAACCGCAGCCAAAUAACACUUGACCCUACUCAUAGUGUUGUGUUCCUGCCGGUGAGUAAGGUUGCCAGAGCUCAACGAGGGGGGUG